AUGCAGCUUGGACUGUUUGUGGUGGUGGUUUUUCUAAGCUCGAUGGAUCUAACAGGCAGCAGCAAGGUGGUGAAGGGCAAGAGGCAAAGACGAAUUAGCGCCGAGCUGAGUCAGGGCUGUGCCAGAGGCUGCGACCUGUGCUCCGAGUUCAACGGGUGCCUGAGAUGUUCCCCCAAACUCUUCAUCCUUCUGGAGAGGAAUGAUAUCCGGCAAAUUGGGAUUUGCCUACCAUCUUGUCCACUGGGAUACUUCGGCCUUCGCAAUACAGACAUGAACAAGUGCAUCAAAUGCAAAAUUGAGAACUGUGAGUCCUGUUUCAGUCGAAACUUUUGCACAAAAUGUAAGGAAGGUUUGUAUUUGCACAAAGGGAGAUGUUACGUCACAUGCCCCGAAGGCUACUCUGCUGCCAACGGCACCAUGGAGUGCAGCAGUCCUGCACAAUGUGAAAUGAGUGAGUGGGGGCCCUGGGGACCCUGCUCCAAGAAGAGGAAGCUCUGUGGCUUCAAGAAGGGCAAUGAAGACCGAACGCGGCGGAUUCUGCAGGCUCCCUCCGGAGACGUGUCCCUGUGUCCUGCCACCACGGAGGUGCGGAGAUGCACCGUGCAGAAGAACCAGUGCCCUGAAGGGAGAAGGAAGAAGAAGGAAGAACAAGACAAUGCAAACGGGAACAGAAAUCAGAAGGACACCAAAGACGCUAAGUCCGGCACGAAGAAGAGGAAGAGCAAACAGAGAGGGGCCACGGUCCCCGCGACAUCUGCUAGCCCUGCCCAGUAG